CCUCUACCCCUAAACCCCAACAUGAACUUCAAAAUGCAGAAAGCUGAUAACUAGCUGCAAUUUGGAGACGCUGCAAUUUGGUGAAGCGAAGUGAAGUGCAGUGGUAAGAAGAUAUGAACGUAGCUAAAAGCUGAAACUCUUUGUGCUCACGUGAUUAUCGCAGAACAUGAAUUCUUCAAUGGCAAACACCAUCGAUUGGCUCCAACUCCCAAAGCCCUUCUUCCCUCCAAAAACCCAUAUCCCCAAAUUUUCCAUCUUUUCAGCUCGCUUUCUCACUAAUGCAUUUCCCCCUCUCAACUUCACAAAUCGAUGCAAACUCAGAAUCAACGCUUCCAAUUCUUUUUCCAACACACCCAACAAAGAGCAAGAACAAGACUCUGAAUCCGCGCAACUAUUCGAGAAACUAAAGGAGGCGGAAAGGAAGAGAAUGGAUGAGUUGGAAGAGUUUGACAAGAAGGCGAACGUGCAGUUAGAGAGACAGCUUGUGAUGGCUUCUUCGUGGAGCAGAGUUCUGUUGACUUUGCGAGGAAAACUCAAGGGGACUGAGUGGGAUCCUGAAAACUCACACGGGAUAGAGUUCAGCGAUUUUUUGAGACUUCUUGAAUCUAAUAAUGUACAGUUUAUGGAGUACUCUAAUUACGGUCAAACUAUAUCAGUUAUUCUACCUUAUUACAAAAACGGGACAGUGAUAGGAACUGAAGGGAAUCCUGAUGAUAUUAUUUUUCGGCGUCAUCCUAUCAAUCGAAUGCCAAUUGAUAGUUGGAAUGAUGUAUGGAGAAAGCUACAUCAGCAAAUUGUAAAUGUUGAUGUCAUUAAUGUAGAUGCUGUGCCUGCUGAAAUAUACUCAACUGUUGCAGUUGCUGUCAUAUGGUCUAUGCGUCUUGCUCUGGCUGUUGGUUUUUAUGUGUGGAUUGAUAAUCUGAUGAGACCAAUAUAUGCAAAGUUGAUACCUUGUGAUUUGGGAACUCCUAGCCAAAAAACUAGCCAGCCACUCAGAAGCCGUGCACUAGGAUCUCUAGGACAGAGUCGGGCUAAAUUUAUAUCUGCAGAAGAAAGAACUGGUGUUACAUUUGAUGAUUUUGCUGGCCAGGAAUAUAUAAAGAAAGAACUACAAGAGAUUGUUCGAAUUUUGAAGAAUGACGAUGAUUUUCAAGACAAAGGAAUUUAUUGUCCAAAAGGUGUACUUCUUCAUGGGCCUCCUGGAACAGGUAAAACCCUACUGGCCAAAGCCAUUGCAGGUGAAGCAGGAUUGCCUUUCUUUGCAGCCAAUGGCACAGAUUUCGUAGAGAUGUUUGUAGGGGUUGCUGCAUCGCGUGUUAAGGACCUCUUUGGAAAUGCAAGAUCAUUUUCACCUUCUAUAAUCUUUAUAGAUGAGAUAGAUGCUAUUGGUAGCAAACGUGGAGGACCUGAUAUUGGUGGAGGAGGUGCUGAAAGGGAACAAGGUUUACUUCAGAUACUGACUGAGAUGGAUGGAUUCAAAGUUUCCACAGCACAAGUGCUGGUAAUAGGAGCCACAAAUAGGUUGGAUAUUCUUGAUCCUGCUUUAUUGAGGAAGGGUCGUUUUGACAAGAUCAUCAGAGUAGGUUUGCCAUCAGAGGAUGGAAGAUAUGCUAUUUUGAAGGUGCAUGCUAGGAAUAAAUUUUUUCGCUCAGAGGAGGAAAAACAUACAUUACUGAAGGAAAUUUCUGAGCUGACUGAAGAUUUUACUGGGGCAGAGCUACAAAAUAUACUGAAUGAAGCUGGAAUUUUGACAGCUAGGAAGGAUUUGGAUUACAUUGGACGAGAUGAGCUGCUUGAGGCAUUAAAAAGGCAAAAAGGAACAUUUGAAACUGGGCAAGAGGAUAGUACUGAUAUUCCUGAAGAAUUAAAACUUAGAUUGGCAUACAGAGAAGCAGCUGUUGCUGUUCUUGCAUGUUAUUUUCCUGAGCCCCAUCGUCCUUUUUUAGAGACUGAUAUAAGUUCUAUCCGUAGCCAGCCAAAUAUGCGUUAUACUGAAAUUUCUGGUCAGGUUUUUGCAAGGAAAUCAGAUUACAUAAACUCUAUAGUCCGUGCUUGUGCUCCAAGAGUAAUUGAGGAGGAGAUGUUUGGGAUUGACAACAUGUGUUGGAUCUCGGCAAAGGCAACAUUAGAAGCUUCAAGGCGUGCAGAGUUUUUGAUUCUGCAGACUGGAAUGACUGCUUUUGGGAAAGCAUAUUACAAAAACUAUAGUGAUCUUGUGCCCAAUCUUGCAAUGAAGCUUGAAGCGCUUAGAGAUGAGUAUAUGCGUUAUGCUACUGAGAAGUGCUCAUCGGUGCUAAAAGAAUACCAUUUGGCAGUUGAGACAAUCACAGAUAUUUUGCUUGAAAAGGGUAAAAUCGAAGCUGAGGAGAUUUGGGACAUCUAUAAGAGUGCUCCUCGUGUAGCUCAGCCUCCUGUCAGACAAGUUGAUGAAUAUGGAGCACUGAUUUAUGCUGGACGAUGGGGAAUCCAUGGGAUCAGUCUUCCUGGAAGGGUUACAUUUGCACCUGGCAACGUUGGAUUUUCGACCUUUGGGGCACCUCGCCCUACAGAGACACAAAGUGUUAGUGAUGAAACUUGGAAACUAGUAGAUGAUAUCUGGGAUAAAAAGGUUCAAAACAUUAAAGAUGAAGCUACAAAAGUGAUCGAAGAGGAGAAGGAAAAGCCACAACUUCUAAUGGCAAGCCAUUUUCUUUGAGAGGAACUUAAAUUUGAUAUACAGAUGCAUCUAUUUAAUGGGAAAAGAACAUAAUCAAUCAUGUCCAGAAAUAUCAACAACGGGUCAAACUAAGUACGCAUGUUUUCUCUCAUCUGAUCUAAUUUGCACUGUAAAACUUCGUGCUGCCCUUUUCUUUGAGAAGCUGCCCUUGCCCACAGUUCUUUUUCAAUAUGAAUAUCAACCUUGGAUGCAUAUCAUCAAAAGGAAGAUUGAUAUAUUCUUGACCAAGCUGAAGGGUACUUAUAAAUAUUCAAAUAAUUCCAUUUUUUGUACGCGAAACCUUUUUGCCACAGAUGGAGCUCUGAGGGUUUUUGUGUGAGCUGUUACGUGAAAGGCUUUGCUACCCACAUUGUAAUUAUCCCUCAUGUUUCAAUAGUUACUUUGUAAUCGUUCUCUUUAAUGGUAAAUUAAAGUGGUAAAAUUGUUGCACCACUUUUCCUUUACAUGAAAUUUUGGAUAACCUACCAUGCUCUGCAGACGACAGUUUAGCUCAUGUAGACAUUCCACAUUAGAUAUGAUGUGAAAGUUUAGUGAUGUAUACCAAAAGUGGUGUGCCAAUAUUAGUACUCUAUGUUUUUUUU